AUGGCGCCCCCUCGGCUUCCCAUAUAUUGGCGCGCAGCUCCACGCCCUCGCCGCUGCGGCUCCUCAGUCCUCAGUCCUCACACCGCUAUCGAAGCGCCUGCCUUGCCUGGGGCUCCUUCUCUAGGAGGGGGGCUCGAGGUUCCACCAAUUCGCCAACAGGUCCCUGCCAUCCCCGCCAUCCAUGGACACCAAGAAGCAGGGCUUCUUCUCCGCGCUGCGGGAGGAGGUGGCGCGCGGGCUGUCGCCGGGCCGCGCGCGGCGGCGGUCGGCGUCCAACGCCGCGGAGGUGGCGGCGGCGCUGCGCGCCGCCUCGGUGGGGCCGGCGCCGGGGAGGCGCUCGCGCCGCUCAUGGAGGGCCCGGAUCCGGAGGCGUGCCCGGGCGCGAACUGCGGCGGCGCCGGCGCGCGGAGGGAGGGGUGGGGUCAGUGGGUGCGCGGCCAGUUCCAGCUCGCGCGCGCCCCGGCGGGGGCGGCAGGUGCCGGGGCGGACACCGGGGCCGCCGCCGCCGCCAGGCGGAACGACCUCAGGCUGCUGCUCGGCGUCAUGGGCGCGCCGCUCGCGCCCGUGCACGUCUGCGCCGCCGAGCCGCUGCCGCACCUCAGCAUCAAGGACACCCCCAUUGAGACCUCGUCGGCGCAGUACAUCCUGCAGCAGUACCUGGCUGCCUCCGGCGGGCAGAGGCUGCUUUCCUCUAUCCGGAACUCGUAUGCCAUGGGCAAGGUGAGGAUGGUGGCUACCGAGUUCGAGACCGGUGGCCGCGUCGUGAGGAACCGCAUGGUGGCGCAGCGCGCCGAGCCUGGCCGCUUCGUGCUGUGGCAGAUGGCACCGGAGAUGUGGUACAUUGAGCUGGCUGUCGGUGGGAGCAAGGUGCACGCCGGCUGCAAUGGCAAGCUUGUGUGGCGCCACACCCCAUGGCUCGGCGCACAUUCCGCCAAGGGCCCUGUUCGCCCGCUCCGCCGCGCUCUUCAGGGUCUGGAUCCAUUGACUGCAGCAAGCAUGUUUUCUGGUGCAAGGUGCAUUGGCGAGAGGAAGGUGAAUGGGGAGGAUUGCUUCAUCCUGAAGCUUUGUGCUGAUCCUGAGACACUGAGAGCACGCAGCGAGGGGCUUGCGGAGAUCAUCCGGCACGUCCUCUUUGGGUACUUCAGCCAGAAGACUGGGCUUCUUGUCCAUCUUGAGGACUCACACCUCACCCGGAUCCAGUCAACAACCGGCGGAGAUGCAGUUUACUGGGAGACUACCAUCAAUUCGUUCAUCGAGGACUACCGCCCGGUGGAGGGUAUUAUGAUAGCACAUUCUGGGCGCUCAGCUGUGACCCUCUUCCGUUUCGGGGAGGCGGCCAUGGGCCACACCAAGACCCGUAUGGAGGAGGCAUGGAGCAUCGAGGAGGUUGCGUUCAAUGUCCCAGGCCUCUCCAUGGAUUGUUUCAUCCCGCCCACUGAUAUCAAGUCCGGAUCUAUCAGUGAGACUGUUGAGCUUCCACAGGGUGAGAAGAGCAAGGUCAGCCUUCUCCCAUGCCAUCGUGCUAAGGUUGCGGCUCUAGAGAAGGCUGAUGAUAACGUCGUGUGGAGCGGAGCCCUACAGCUAGAUUGCAAGUGA